GGCGGGGCCCCGCAGUUACGUCUCAGCCAUGGCCGCGGUUCGCAGGGCACGGAGCGAUGCUCGCUGCGUCGUUCGCUUCACCGACCGUGAACUGUGCUGAGCGCCGCGUGGCGAGCGCGUCGUCGUCGUCGACAAUACCUCGCUCGAGCCGGGUGCAAAUGGCUGAAGGAGACAAAGAUCAUCUCUCUUUUCUCAUGGAUGACAGUGAUGAUGAGCAAGAAGCUGCAUCAGAAAAGAAUCUGAAUGAGCAGCUGGAGGCGUUCAGGGAGCGCUGGCGCUCGGAGCUGAAAGGGGGCCGCCCAGGAGGGGGUACUGCCCGCGAGGGCCCCCUGCCCGGUGGUACAGCCCCGCAGCUGCCCGUGCCAUCUCCGGUGCAGCCGGGGUCACAAGACCGAGCAAAGACAACGCUCGGCGCAGAAGAGCAGGCGCGGGAGCUGUUCAUUAGAGCUGCAGAGCUGGAGCAGGAGGGGGCUCUGUAUGAAGCCAUCAAGUUUUACCGGCAGGCGAUGCAGCUGGUGCCUGACAUCGAAUUCCGGGUGAAUGAUUAUGGGGGCGAAAAUGGCUCUCCAGGAGACAUGGACAAUCGUGAGGCGGUGGAGGACAACGCGGUGACGAACCUCCUCACCUCCUUCCAAAGUGAACUGAGCCUGCAGGAGGCUCAGCCGAAACUGUGCCGGCGAGACACCGAGUCGAGGCAGACGCACAUUUCCGCGCUGCCCGUGGAGGUGCUGGUGUAUGUAUUCCGCUGGGUCGUAUCCAGCGAUUUGGACCUGCGCUCUCUGGAGCAGCUGUCAAUGGUGUGUCGGGGAUUCUACAUGUGUGCCAGGGACCCGGAGAUCUGGCGUCUGGCCUGCCUGAGGGUGUGGGGCCGGAACACGGGCAAGCCGUCGCCCUACCUGUCGUGGAGGCACAUGUUCCUGGAGCGAACGCGCCUGCGCUACGAUGGGGUGUACAUCAGCAGAGUGAGCUACAUUCGCCAGGGUGAGCAGUCCCUGGACGGCUUCUACAGCCCCUGGCACCUGGUUGAAUAUUUCAGGUAUCUGCGCUUCUUCCCUGACGGGCUGGUGAUGAUGCUGACAACUCCAGAUGACCCCCAGUCCAUCGUGUCACGUCUGCGCACAAAGCACACGCGCAUUGACGCUGUGUUGUACGGCCACUUCCGUAUGACACAGGACACUAACGGGGACACGCGUGUCCUCUCCAUCCUCACCAAGAGGCCCGACAAAGAGAGGGGCGGGGAUUUCCAGCGCUACCGCCGCUACCGCCGUGUGGCACCGCCCGAGUCGGAGCAGCGCUUCCACGUGGACCUGCAGUUGGUGUGCGGGGGGCGGCAGCGAUUCAACAAGCUGUUGUGGCUGCACCAUUCAUGCCAAGUCACCUGCCGGGCAACUGGUGAGACGGUGGUGUCCAACUUUGACAUAGACAAGAAAUACGCCUCGUUCUUCUUCUCCCGGGUCAAAAGCUUCACAGCCUUCUCGGAGGGGCCCCUUUAAGAGAACGCCCCACCCCCUCAAGAGUGUAUACCCAGCCUGCAGGAGGGGAGUGGUAUAGGGUCACGUGUCUUGAAUUAAGAGGUCGUGGUUUACAAACCAGGGCGGCAACAGAUCUGUCACGUCACCACUGCGUAGAUGUUAUGGAGACAUAGCGUCUUCACAUGUUCUUUAAAAAAUUAGUUUUGAGGUUAAGUGUUCAUACUUGUCUUAUCCCAAAUGUCUUGAGUCUUGGUCUUUUCUGGAUAAGUAUAUCAUUAUUAUAACCUGAUUUAUUUGUAUAGUUUGUUAAGCAUGGGAGGGCUGUGAAAGAACUUACCCCAUUUUCAUUGAGUCUUACCACACAUUUGUACAAAUUCUUUAGCAAUUUUAAAUGAUUGCUGUGAAAUAUACAGAGUACAUUUAGGAAAAUAUUAUUGGGUGUUCAAAAGACCCGAAAGGAAUUACUGCAAACAAAAAGGUUAAAUAUUGAGUAGAAAAUUUAAAACUUUGAAAGCUCCCUACAUAAAUUGAUUGUGAUUGUUAAAAUUAUAUAUGACUCAAAAGGAAAUGUAAUCUGAACGUAACAUCCUGAGACCUUGUGAGAGAAGGUCUGAGUGGGUUGCUUUGGUGGUAAAAUUGCCUCUCCAAAAUAUCUAUCACAUUCUACAAGAGUAUCAUGUACCUGUCGAUGGGACCUUUUUGCCAGUAUAAAAAAAAGUAUCUGUUUGGCGUUUGAAUAUCUUAACACCUGUUUUUAUUGCCAGAAAGGGUAAAACCUAUUAUUAUUUUUCAUAAUUUAUAAAUGUAUCUGCCUGGUGUAAAGGUAACAUUCAGUCCAGACAAGUUGACUCAUCUAGACCGACCUCUUACUCCGACCCUUCCCCUUCUGCUUUGCUUGCGUGGCCCUUGCCCAGCAAAAGAUUAUUGACCCGUGUGAGAUUGCUGUCCAAACCUGCCAUGGAUUUCACUGGAUUGGCACCUACAAUCGUGUAGCUUUCAAUCGCCGUGAGGCUGUUGUGUUACUCCCAACAUGGAAUGCACUGACCUGGAGUCAACCAACACUGCCCACCUAUGUAGUCGACUCCCAUGUGUUUGAAUUGCACAUCUUGACCUAUACAGCUGCCACAGAAUACUUUUGCUUUGUCAAUUCAGUUGAAUUGCACUUGCGUUUAACCCCGAUAUCUGAUUUUUCUCAUAAUCGCCACCCGCCAGGAAUCUACCAACCAAUUGCAAACUUCGUUCAGGGCAGGCAAACAGUGAUUGGCCAGUAGCCCGGUUGCUUGUUUGAUCCCUUGUAAAGGUUAAUGUCAAGUUAGGCUUAAAGGGGAAUGCAGUGCGGCUGCAGGUGAAGCACCUUGAUUAUAUUUGCGCUAUCUGCGGUGAAAUCAAAAGACUCAUUUUUUCCGUUGUCAUGCUGCGUAGAAUGUUUUGUUGAGCCAUGAUUCUGAGAACUCCCUUUACGCAACAAGUGCAUAAUUGCAAGCUUCCCACCGGCCCAAUUAUAUGACAGAAACCAUAGAGGGCACACAUAAAUUAAAGUAAUAGUGAACAGCAUAUCCAAAGCGAAUAUUACAUUUAAAAAAACAUCUAAAAAUGAAAACUUGUGAACAUCUUUCCACACUCAUACAUUGUUUAGUGAGCGAGACCAUUGUUUUAGGGGGCGCUGGUGAAGUUAUUGCUUAACAGAAGGCAGAUUAGUUUCGGAUGAAAACAGGUUUCAUCAUUAGACAA